GCUCUCUACGUUGCUCCCUCAGGAAAACGCGGUUUGCCUCAUUCCCGGAUUACCUCGUCAUCCAGAUCAAAAAAUUCACCUUCGGCCUGGACUGGGUGCCCAAGAAACUGGACGUGUCGGUGGAGAUGCCCGAGGACCUCGAUAUCUCAGCCUUGCGAGGGACCGGCCUGCAGCCCGGCGAGGAGGAGCUGCCCGAACUCGCGCCCCCUCCCUUGGUCACCCCGGAUGAGACCAAAGCCCCGGUCCUGGACGAGGGGGUGGUGUUACAGCUUGCUGAGAUGGGCUUCCCGGUGGAGGCGUGUCGGAAAGCCGUCUAUAACACGGGCAACAGCGGCCUGGAGGCUGCCCUCAACUGGGUGAUGGCUCACAUCGACGACCCAGACUUGGCGAACCCUCUGGUGUUGCCGUGUGCCAGUGGUCCGGGCUCAGCGGUCAGUGCGAGUGAGCCCCCGUCAGAGGACAGUAUCGCCACCAUCAUCUCCAUGGGCUUCUCCCGGGAGCAGGCAACGCGGGCGCUCCGAGCGACGAAUAACAGCCUGGAGCGAGCUGUUGACUGGAUUUUCAGCCGGAUCGAUGACCUGGAGGCUGAGGCUGAGAUGGAGGUGUCCGAGACACGGUCUGCCCCCGAAUCCCUCUCGGAAUCCGUGCCCCCUGGGCCCAAGGUCCGCGAUGGAGCCGGCCGCUACCAUCUGUUUGCGUUCAUUAGCCACAUGGGGACGUCGACAAUGUGUGGUCACUAUGUGUGUCACAUCAAGAAGGAGGGAAGGUGGGUGAUCUACAAUGACCACAAGGUGUGUGCUUCGGAGAAACCCCCAAAGGACCUAGGCUACAUCUACCUGUACCAGAGAGCGGGCGUGUGAGCACAGCCAGCGCCCGCUCGCUCUCUCGCUCUCUCCCGCAGCGGGGUGGGCUGGCCUGGAGCAAGGCAGACCGUGGGGUGGGCGGCGUUCCGGAGGGAUGUGUAACACAGCUAUUUAUUGUACAGUCUCCGUCUCUCUCUCUCUCUCUCUCUCCCCCCCCCCCCCCUCUCUCUCGCCCCC